UUUGUUAAAUACUCGAUGGGAAGACAGUAUCAAAACGGCUUUCAAAACGACAAUCUUCAAUGAAUUUUUAAACGCAUUCUGAAAAUGUGGUGGCUUAUCUUCAGUUUUAUAUUUUCAAGUCUCAUCAUCUGGGAUGUUUUAAAGAGGCAACGGCAUAAUCUUGUUCUCAAACAAUCCUCUAUCAAAGGGCCAUAUUUUAUUGAGCCCCUCAUCGGAGAUUCAUGGCUGGGAUUGGGCAAUGAUAGAGCAAAUGUUUUUCGUCUUUUUGCCAAGCUCAAAAAUAAAUACGGAAGAGUUUAUCGCUUGUGGCUAUUUUAUGAUUUAAUGUUGGUCAUUUCGGAUGUGAAAUAUUUCGAAACAAUUCUAACCUGUACAAAUACCAUUAAGAAAUCAUUCAUCUACGAUAUGUUUACCAAGUGGUUGGGUGAGGGCCUAUUGCUAAGUCAUGGCUCGAAAUGGUACGCUAGACGAAAACUUCUCACGCCCACCUAUCAUUUCAAGAUACUGGAGGAUUUUGUGGAGGUAUUCGAUCAACAGAGUCGAGUAUUGGUAAAACGCCUCCAUCCAAUGGCCGAUGGCAAGACGGUUUAUAAUAUUUUCCCAGUUAUAUGCCCCACCGCAUUGGACAUCAUUACGGAAACGGCCAUGGGAGUAAAGGUGAAUGCUCAGGAUCAUCCGGACUUUCCCUACGUCGAAGCAGUAAAAAAGUAA